AUGAUUGCCUCCCUGGGAGAGUGGGGAGGAAGAGCUGAGCUUUGCAGCAAUGGGCUUAGGGCCGAUGGAGCUCUCUAGGGGAAACAAAGGGGUGAGAGCGCGUGCCCUGCACUUCCUGGCUGGGCAGGUCAGAUGUAGCCAGCCUCCCCGCACCAGCUCUGGGCUGCGGCUGCAGCCAGCCUCCCCGCACCAGCUCUGGGCUGCGGCUGCAGCCAGCCUCCCCGCCCUCCCCCACGCCCCGCUCCUUGCAACCCCUGCAGGAGUGAGUCCCUUCACUUUGGCACCUGUGAGCUCUGCUUGACGCGGCCUCCGCGGCUAUCUGCACGUCUCAGUGAAACCCGAGGGUUUCUUGUUAAUGUUUAUUUAUUUUUUUAAAGUAGUGCUUGGUGAAUUGGCGGUGGUCCCUUGAACAGCGAUACAAAAGGGUUAAAAAAAAAAAACAAACCCACGUGAGUUUUCCUAAACCGCCUUAAGCGUUCUCCGUGGUCCCCCUCAGCGGACCACAGAACUCCGCUUUGAGAGGUCAAUUCCUGCUUCAUUAUGGAUAACUACACAAUACUGAAGGUGAUUGGGGAGGGUUCCUUCGGCCGGGCUCUUUUGGUUCGACAAGAAAACAGCAACCAGAACUACGCAAUGAAGGAAAUAAGGCUUCCUAAGUCUUCCUCUGACGUAAAGAACUCUAGGAAGGAAGCCAUUCUAUUGGCUAAAAUGAAACAUCCCAAUAUUGUUGCAUUUAAGGAGUCAUUUGAAGCUGAUGGACACCUAUAUAUUGUGAUGGAAUAUUGUGAUGAAGGUGAUCUCAUGCAAAAAAUUAAGUAUCAAAGAGGAAAAUUAUUCCCUGAGAUACGUCAUGAAAGUGAGAUACUUCACUGGUUUACACAGAUGUGUCUGGGAGUGAAUCACAUUCACAAAAAAAGGGUGUUACAUAGAGAUAUCAAGUCCAAGAAUGUCUUCCUCACCCAAAAUGGACACAUAAAAUUGGGAGAUUUUGGAUCAGCCCGACUUCUCUCCAAGCCUAUGGCAUAUGCUUGUACAUAUGUGGGAACACCUUACUAUGUGCCUCCAGAAAUCUGGGAGAAUAUGCCUUAUAACAAUAAAAGUGAUAUAUGGUCCUUAGGAUGCAUAUUGUAUGAACUUUGUACCCUUAAACAUCCAUUUCAGGCCAAUAGUUGGAAAAAUCUUAUCCUCAAGAUAUGCAAAGGCUCCUACAGUCCCCUCCCAUCUCAUUACUCCUAUGAACUUCACUAUCUGAUAAAACAGAUGUUUAAGAGAGAUCCUGUGUGUCGUCCUUCAGCUACUACAAUUCUCUCCAGAAGCUCUUUAGCGAAGCUUAUCCAGAAGUACUUAUCACCAGAGAUAGUCAAAGAAUAUGGUGAGCAAGUCAUAGAGGAAACCAGAAAGUCAAAGAAUAAUACACCAAGGAAAAUGGGCCCUGCCAAAACAAAUAUCUCAGGAAAUGAGGCAGUUACUGUGGAAAGGGAAGAACAAGGUAAAAAGUGUAGCCAUGCUGACUUAGAGAACAUUAAUAAAAAUUUGGCUGAAAAUGCAUUGAAGCGAAUAAGCAAUGAGGAAAAAGAAAACAAAUUAAUCCAUCUGAAGAAAGAUAACUCGCCAAGCCCUCAGAGGCGACAAUGGGAGAAGAAAAUAUCUAAUACAGCCGUAAAUGCCUUGGAAAAUGCAUCAAUACUCUCCUCCAGUUUAGCAUCAGAAGAAGAUAGAGGUGGUUCUGUAAUAAAGUACAGUGAAAAUAAUACCAGGAAGCAAUGGCUCAAAGAAUCUCCAGAAACUUUGUUGAAUAUCCUUAAGAAUGCUGAUCUUAGCUUGGCAUUUCAGACAUAUACAAUAUAUAAAUCAGGCUCAGAUAAUUUCCUAAAAGGACCUCUUUCUGAUGAAGAAGAAAGAUCAGAUUGUAUAGAUGGAGAUAAUGAUAUCAUCUUGGAUCCUGAGAGACUUGAACCUAGAUUAGAUGAAGAAGACACGGAUUUUGAAGAAGAUGAUGAUGAUCCAGAUUGGGUGUCUGAACUGAAGAGGAGAGCUGAAUUAAAGUGUGUGGCUCAUGAAUAAUUCCCAAAGAAAUGUUUCUUAAGCACAUUCAGAAGAAUUUUUAAAUUAAGUAAUCAACACUGUGUAAGUUUACUUUGGCAACAGAAUAGAUAAAAGCUGUGAAUAUUAAAGAUGAAGGGUUUGAUGAAAAUCACCAGGAAAUACAUCUAGAACCCCAGUGGGUUUUUUGAAGUAGAUGUUAGUUCUAUAUUAAUCCUCUAAUUGGAAUAGCAUCGUGUAAAUUUUUUUUUAUAGAUUAGAAAGAAAUGGUGCCAUUCCGGGAAAAAAUCUUGAGAUUUCUUUUCUAAUAUUUAAUGUACUUUUAAUCCUAAAAUACUUUAUAGGGGCAACCCCUAUGUCUUGAUGAUUGUUGCUGCUUAUUCACAAGGUUUUGACAUAUUAUGUAAUUAUACUCUUACCAUUUUUUAAUGAGUAGAAAUAUUUUUAGUGGGGCAGUUAUUCUUAUGUAGUAGGAUCUUUUCCCACUGAUUGACAGAGGAGCCAGUGGAGAUGGAACAGAAAUAGGAAAAUGAAAGUGGAAUGAGAAAUAGGAAGGUGAGAGUGGGUUGAGUUUCUAAAUUACACCAGAGGUCAGGCAUGAGCAAUAAGAAUAGGACUUGAGUAUCACCAGAAUACUGGUAGAAUAAGGAAGAGCAGAUCCUUGAGAAGAAAUUCAAGCUUUGUUUUAAUGUCAGUUCUUUAGAGACAAAAUAUUUUGCAGUUGGACAGUUUUUUGACUGCAGUAUUCUUUGGUAGAAUGUAAAUUAUAUGAAGGCAGGGGCUCUAUAUUUAUUAUCUAUAAUUCCUGGCACAUGGUAGGCACACGAUAGAUAUUUGCUUUAAAUCGUUUGGGUAGUCUAUUUUUUUCCUAGUGUUUAAAGGAAAUAUGACAAUAGAAAAUAAUUGAUAAAGACUGAGCAAGGAAUGUGACAAGAAUAGAAAAGCCAUCAGAACCCGUAUGUGAUCAACACUCAUUAUUACAGUUUUGCUUAAUAUGAUGUAAUUUUAAAAACAACUUCCUAAAAAUUUUAAGGUCAACAAAAUCAUAGAACUUUCGAUCUUGGGAAUGACAAAGGAGACCUAGUCUAGACUAUUUAUUUUAUAGGUCAAGAAACUAGCUCAGAGUGUUUGUGACUUGGGCAAGACUGCACAGUGGCAGAUUAAGAACUAUAAUGUCAUCAUGUCAGUCAGUCAGUAGGUAUUUAUGAAGUGCUCAUUACAUGUCAGGCAUUGUGCUAAGUGCUAGGCAGAAACCAUCCCUGUCCUCAGGGUGUUCCCAUACUUAUAGGGAAGACAACAUAUGAAGAAAUAGGUACAUACAAGGUAUUCCAGUGUUCUUUCCACUGUAUAUGUUUUUCUCAAAUGAUCUAAUGAUUUGUUCUGAGGUACAAAGUACUGUGCUAUGUUUUUGUGUGCAAAGGCUGCUAUAAAAUUAAUUUCUUUAUUAAUAUAUGGGAUCGAACAGAAAUAGGAUGGGAAUGAGUAGAAUUUCUCAAUCAGAUCAGAGAUAAAGUGUGAAUCAUAAGAAAGAAUAGGACAGAAAAAGGAUGUUAUGAGGUACCAGAGAACAAAGCAGAUGGUACUAAACUUUGGCUUGUAAGUAGGAACAAAAGCAAGUCUGAGAUGGCACAGAGAAUUGAUGAGGCAGAAACACUAUUUAAGCUGAGGAUCAAGGAAUUAGGGGAGAUUUCAUGGUGAAUCUGACGUAAGUAGGAGAUAAUCAAGAAUUAGAAAUAUAUAAUUAGGCUAUGACAGACUAUGUAGUUUAUAGCCUUCAUUUUUUAAUAAUAAAAAGUAUUUAAAAGUACACAAAAUUUCAAUAUAAUGUCCUCAUUCCAUUUGUGACCAGGACCUGUUUUUUUUGUUUUGUAAUCUUAAGAUGUCUAAUGUUAGGAGUUAUACUUCUUUGGAAAAAUCAUAAUUUUCAUGAUUUUUCUGAAAAUAUCUGGUUACCUUUUCAUAAUUUUUUCAUAAUAAAAGUUUCUAUUUCUUGCAUUAGA